CCCCCCACCCCAGCCGCCCCUCCUUUUCCUCCUCUCAUCCCUCUUUCACCUCACUGACCUCCUCCUCCUCCUCCUCCUCCGCCUUGCUAUCUCCUCACUAUGUGGAUACCAGCCCUGCUCCUAUGGAUGCUUAAUAUCAGCUCAGGACAAGACUAUUCGGACUUCUACCAGACGGGAGACAUGGGCACCGAGGCUCCUGUGCCGCUGGAUGACAAGCCCGGUUUGGAGUCAGUGACGAGUGUGGAUCAGCUCCUGCAGCUCCUCUACCCAGAAUACAGUUUGCUUCAGCAGUGCCUGAAGAAGAAAUCCUGGCACGCCGCCGACGUCCCGUCUUUUUCCUCGGCGAGGCCUUCGCUGGACUCCGGCACCGAGGAUCUGUGGGGGCAGCCGAGGGAGGAGGCCCUGUACAAACUGGACGGGACUCUGGAAGUCAUCAUGGAGGAGAUCAAGCGGACCACCUGCCAGCCCCGAGAGGUGUGCGUCGAGGUCGCCAAAGAGUACCCAGAAUCCCCCAGUCAAUUCUACCUCCCCCGCUGCGUGGUGCUGCACCGCUGCGGCGGAUGCUGCCAGACGGAGGCCCACUACUGCGGCAACACGAGCCACUCGCUGGUCAACAAGACGUUGAUGGAAUUUUCCCCGGCCACGAUGGAUCACUCCGUGGUCAUGGUGACCUUCGUCAACCACACUUCGUGCGCAUGCCUCGCCAAGCGGCCGCUGCACUCCAUCAUCAGGCGGGCCGCGACAGAUCACCUGUGUUCCCCGCCCCACCAUCCCUGUGCGUCUGGGUCACUGUGGGAUCCAGUGAACUGUCUUUGUGUCUCCACGGAGGCCAUAAACUACUCUGAGAGAGAGACGGAUGUGCUGGACGCGGGUCUGCUGGCUCUCUGCGGGCCCAACAGGGUUCUGCACGAGUCCACCUGCGAGUGUGUUUGUCGAAAUGGACUCACCGAGGACAGCUGCGAUCCAGGAUGGAAGCUGGACCACGACACCUGUGAAUGCCAGUGCGAAGGUCAAGGUGAGGGGAAGUGGUGUCCCACCGGCCAGCGGUGGGACGACGAGCUGUGCGGCUGCGUGUGCGCCGCCGAGUGCCCCGGGAACCAGCCCCUGAACCCCGACACCUGCCUGUGUCAGUGCAGGGAGAGUCCGCAGUCGUGUCUGCGCCAGGGCAAGAGGUUCAACCCCAACUCCUGCAGCUGUUACAGAUUGUCUUGCAGAAAGCCCCGACGCAACUGCCUGGCCGAUUUCCACUACAGCCACCAGGUCUGCCAGUGCAUCCCCAGAUACAUGACGCCCAACUGGAACUAAGCCACCGAGGCCGGCAGAAGGAGCAGGGCCGCGGGCGGCGACGCAGAGCCAAACGUCUUUUUUUGGUCUGAAGAGAAAGCGGAGAUGGAGGAGGGAGGGCCUCCCGGGUGGGUGGAGCUGCGCGUGUAUGUACUGGAUUACAACAGCAGCACUUAGGGGAGUGUUACGCCGUCUGUGCUCUGACACUCAAAAAUGUCGACGGGAGGCCUCAAGGUGAGAAAAAUCAAAAGCAGACAACUCCCCCCCCCCCCCCCCCAUCACAUCCCCGCAUGCAGGUUGAACUCUUGAAAGCCGAGUGACCCCUCGACCAGAGGCGACGAGGUGUAUCUGACCCUUAGGGCGCCGAUCACGCCUACCGUAGAGCAGGGCGGCCAGAGCGGACCAAUCGGACGCCGAGCCGGCGCUCAUCCCCCCACCCCCCCCCGCCGCCCCAUCCUUCCUGCGGGCCGCAACGUGUCCCAGCAGGAGGCUCAACCACCGGCACGCCGCAGAGACACAGCGCAGCACUGCGGCAAAUGGAAAGUGGAGUCAGAUAAUGACAGGCCAGACUCCAAUACUUCUUAGUUUUAAAGAUGAAUUAAGCUCGAGGCACUUUGGCAGUCGGAGGCAGGACAUGUUUGAGGGGUUGAAGGAUGCAUUUUUUUUUUUUUAGAGAUCGUAAUGCUUCGUGCCCGGGGUGAUGCAUUCAAACAGCAGAUCUUCAUUUUAACAAAGGAAUGGAGCGAGGCUGCUUGUUUUUUUCUCUUCAGGCUGCUGAGAAGAAAAUCUUUUCACGUACUUCAGCUUCCUCACUUCUUCAGAGAGAAGAUGCCAGUCAGUCUUUAAUUAAACGCUCUUAUAUCCUCCAGUUUCUACUCGCCGCGCUCACGCGUGGAUGACUCCGAUCACAGCUAGUAAUUUAACACUACACACUGAGUAAUAUUAUUUGUAAAUAUUUAAAUGUUUUUCAUAUUUAAGUGAUAUUUUGAAGAGCGUAUCACGUGGAGUUGUAAAAUACCGUAUUUAAGUCCCUAUCAAUACUCAAUACUAUGCUAUAUAUUAUUUUGCAAUGAAAAUAUUUACAUAUCUUUGUUCGAGUUUUUUUUCUUGGAUUAUUGCCAAUUUGGUGUUUUUAGUUGCUAUUUCGCUUGCACUGCAAGAUCAAUUUUAUCCUGCGCAUACAGCGUUAAAAACCCUGCAAUGAUUUUAGGGAUAAAAAAAGAUGUUGAAGAUUUAUUUCAGUGUAGAGAUUCUUUUUUAGAUUUUGUUUUAGGGCUGAAGAGCAAAUUUGCUUUUUGGCUGUUCAAUAUUUAAAUUAGUCAUGAAGUAUUGAUUAAAUUCUUUGUCAGACUGAUAUGUUAUACUUAUUAUGUUAAAUAUGAUUUUUUAAGAGUCGCCAACAACUUGUGAGAAAUAAAAAGUAUCUAACAGGUUUAGAUAUUCUUUUAAAUAGUAAAAUUUCAUAGUUCUUCAAUUGAAUGAACACUACCUAACAGUGGCUACAAGUGAUGAUUAUGGGAUGCCGCUGACACGCUGAACGUUUCUUCAGAGAACAACGUGACUUUACAACUAGAGUCCAACAAUCAUCGCGCUACAGUCAAACCAGACCAGGCUGCAGCAGCCAAACCCCUGAAUGUAUCCAGCUGAGCAUUUGUGUAUUUUAUUGCCCAUAAAUUAAACUUCGUCAUGUAAAAGGAA